GUUAGGUCUGUGAGCCCUAAUCUUCUUGUUUUGUUGGGGAGAAGUUCUGUUCUUCGCAGCUAUGGAUCCCAGCAAGUUUGGAUCGACGCUCUCCGACCUGGCGUUUGGAUCCGCCAUGGGAGCUGCGGCGCGGGAUUACAAGAAGGAAAUGCUGGCGGCAGAGAAGCAAUCGACGAAGGAGGCGGCGCCGGAAGUAGAUCUGGACGAGCUCAUGGAUGAUCCAGAGCUGGAGCGGCUUCAUGCCGAUAGGAUUGCAUCACUCAAGAGGGAAGCUGAGAAGAGGCAAGUUUUGCAAAGGCAGGGACAUGGAGAGUACAGAGAGGUAGCCGAAGAAGAUUUUCUCGGAGAAGUUACUGGCAGUAACAAGGUUGUGUGUCACUUCUACCAUCGCGAGUUCUUCCGCUGCAAGAUCAUCAACAAGCACCUGAAAGCUCUAGCUCUUAAACACUUUGAGACAAAAUUCAUUAUGGUGGAUGCGGAGGUGAGAUUUUUCGUUCCUGUCGUUCAGUUCCUUGAUUCAUUUAUCCCCGUACAGAAAUGUCCAUUCUUCGUUUCAAAGCUCAAGAUCAAGACGCUGCCGUGCGUCAUCUUGUUCAGGAACGGCAUUGCAAGCGAGAGAAUUGUCGGGUUUGAAGAACUGGGAGGCGUGGACGAUUUUCCCACAGCUACGCUCGAGAAGCUCCUGAUCAAGAAAGGGAUCUUGAUAGUUCCAGAGAAAAAGGUGGAAGACGACUACGGACAGACAAGGAUCCGCACGACGACGUAUGAAGACAGUGACUCGGAGUAGACCAAACAAAAAAAAAAUCGAAUCUGGUACCACCACAGGUCUUCGGGAAGAGCUACAAGGAAUUCUUCGUCAAAGUUACAAGCACUUCAACGUUUUGCCUCAAGAAGAUCGAAACUCCAAACGUCCGGGGAAUUAUCAAAGGUUAGAGAAUAUGUACGUUGUUUGAUCUUGGACUUAUUGGAUUGGUGUAGCAUAAGAAUCACGCAUGGGCAAAAAGUUUAUAUCUUUUGAUCGAA